CCGUCUCGUAGUUCAUCCUCGAAGACGCAACAAUGGCGCCGUCAAGAGCAGCUCCCACCGCCUUGCGCGCUCUCCGCCAAUCUCACUUCCCGAACAACCUCUCUCGCCGCUCCAUCUCCGCCUACGGCUACGAACAAGCGAAAGCUCUCAUCCUCCCGAAUCACGGCGAACCCAAAGACGUCCUUCGCUUGCACUCUCACAGCAUCUCCCCUCCGACAGGCGACGCGGUGACUCUUCGCUUUCUCGCAUCUCCGAUCAACCCAGCAGACAUCAACCAGAUCCAAGGCGUCUAUCCCACUAAACCAACAUGGACCACCAACCUCGGCACACCCGAUCCCAUCGCCGUGGGAGGCAAUGAAGGCGUGGCGGAAAUUAUUGCAAAGGGAAGUGGAGUUUCGGGCUUGCAAAAGGGUGACUGGGUCAUUAUGAAACGUCAAGGCUUCGGAACAUGGAGGACGCAUGCUCAAACGACCAGUUCUGAAGUCGUUAAGGUGGACAAGGAAGGUUUGAAGCCUGAGCAGGUCGGCACUGUCUCUGUCAAUCCUUGCACUGCAUACCGCAUGCUGAACGAUUUUGGCAAUAUGAAAGAGGGAGAUUGGUUCAUGCAGAACGGGGCAAAUAGUGGUGUUGGACGAGCGGCGAUUCAAUUGGCGAAGUUGUGGGGUUACAAGAGUAUUAAUAUUGUGAGGAAGAGGGAGCAGGGGCAUGAGGAUCUGGUGCGAGAUCUGAAGAGCUUGGGUGCGGAUGUGGUUGUGACAGACGAGGAACUGCGUGGCAAGGGUUUCAGGGAUCAAGUAAAGGAAUUCACCAAUGGUGGGAGGGAAAAGAUCAAGCUGGCACUGAACUGUGUAGGUGGACCUUUGGUGAACGACACGGCGAAGCAUCUUGCUCCUGGUAGUCCUGUUGUCACUUAUGGUGCCAUGAGCAAGCAGCCUGUGCAAUUACCAAUGGGGCUCCUCAUCUUCAAGGACAUCAAUUUCCAUGGCUUCUGGGUCAGUCGAUGGGCAGACAAGAACCCACAGCAGAAGGAGGAUUGUGUAAAGGAGAUCUUGAGUCUGACGCGGGAAGGCAAAUUUCAGGAUAUCCCAAUGGAUCCUCUGACAUGGGACUACGAUACCAAACAAGACGAGCUGGUAAAUGCUGUACAGGGUACUUUGGAAGGCUUCCGGAGUGGGAAGGGUAUUUUCAAGUUUGGUAAUACUUGAGACAUAUGUAGAUGUACAUGAACACCGAUCACCUCUUAGGCGCUGCAGCUAUGCAGCUUUCAUGGCAAAGAAAGCUUUUGCUUGGUAGCACUGGAG